AAGGGAGGAUAAGGAGAGGAAAGGAAAGAUGAUAUGUUAGUAGUAGUAGCAGCUGAGGUGAGACAUAUUUUGAUUGGUCGUUUUCCUUAGGUGCCAAUGCGUUUUGGUGUGUGAUUGCGUUUUGAUCCGAUCAUAGCAGAGGAAGGAAAGAAGGAAGGUAACAAUGGCGAGUAGGUACUGGGCAGUGUCUCUUCCCGUCCACAACUCCGCAUCUCAACUGUGGAACCAAAUUCAGGAACGAAUCUCCAAACAUUCCUUCGACACUCCUCUCUACCGAUUCAAUAUCCCUAAUCUCCGCGUCGGAACCCUAGAUUCUCUGCUCUCUCUCAGUGAUGACCUCGCCAAGUCGAACAAUUUCGUGGAAGGAGUGACGCACAAGAUCAGGCGCCAGAUUGAGGAGCUCGAGAGAGUUUCUGGCGUGGACAGCGGCGGCCUCACCGUUGACGGUGUCCCCGUGGAUUCCUACUUGACUAGGUUUGUUUGGGAUGAAGCUAAGUACCCCACCAUGUCGCCUUUGAAGGAGAUCGUGGAUGGUAUUCACAGUCAAGUGGCAAAGAUUGAGGAUGAUCUCAAGGUUCGUGUUUCUGAGUAUAACAAUAUUCGUAGUCAGCUUAAUGCUAUCAACCGAAAGCAAACUGGAAGCUUAGCAGUCCGUGAUCUUUCCAACUUGGUAAACCCAGAGGACAUUAUAACUUCAGAAAAUUUAACUACCCUCCUAGCAAUUGUUUCCAAGUAUUCACAGAAAGACUGGCUUUCAAGCUACGAAACAUUGACAAAUUAUGUGGUCCCCAGGUCAUCUAAGAAGUUGUACGAGGACAACGAAUAUGCUCUGUAUACUGUAACACUCUUCAGUCGAGUUGCAGAUAAUUUUAGAACUAGUGCACGGGAAAAAGGGUUCCAAAUUCGUGACUUUGAAUACAGUCAAGAAACACACGAGAACCGAAAGCAAGAGUUAGAUAAAUUGGUGCAAGAUCAGGAAAGACUGAGGGCUUCUCUAUUGCAAUGGUGCUUUACCAGUUAUGGAGAGGUUUUCAGUUCCUGGAUGCACUUUUGUGCUGUGCGUUUAUUUGCCGAGAGCAUUCUGAGAUAUGGUCUGCCACCAUCUUUCUUGGCAUGUGUCUUGGCACCGUCUGUAAAAUCUGAGAAGAAAGUGCGCUCUAUCCUUGAAGCGUUGAGUGAUAGUACAAACAGUGGAUACUGGAAGGUUGAGGAUGACGUAGGUGCUGGGAUGGUUGGUCUUGCAGGUGAUUCCGAUGCCCACCCUUAUGUUUCUUUCACUAUCAAUCUUGCUUGAACACUAAGAAACCUGCCCUGGCUCCUAAUUUAAAGUUCGCUAAGGUCUCCUUUGGUCAGCCAAUAAUGCCAAUGCAGAAAGGAUUUGAAGAUAUUGUACAUUACGAUCAUUUUGCAUUCUUUGAUAUUUAUCUAUACUAUAACUGAAGCAAUUAAAGUUUGAAGAGGGUCUGAUGAAUUAUAAGGCUAGCGUCUGGUGCCAGGAUUGACCAUUAGCAAUUUGUAUUGUUUGGUGUAAGUUUUAUUGUAUGCGAUUAUGUGAACUUGGAUAGCUGACACUCUUGCUCAUCCCUUUAGAGAAUAAUACAGCCCUUCGGAGUGUAAGAAUACUCUUAUUCCUACGCAAUAAUGUUGUUUGUUGUUGUACUUCUCAAAUUUAAA